AUGUCAGAAGAACCGCAAACACUCAAAGGAGCAUGGCAGUCGGCCGAGAACAAGCGCAGGCAAAUCGAGACUUCUUGGGAGACAAAUACACCGGCCCACCAAGCGCUGGUAAAUGCCGCCAUCAGCAGCUACGAGCAGUGCCUACGCAUCCAAGACCAAAUCGCCCUCUUCAGUCCCAACGAGUCUCUGGAAGACAUUGCCACGAAUGACUUGCAUCAUCUGCUCUCUCAAUACCGUCUCGCCGACCUAGUCCAGCGCCUGUCCUCUCAAGACCGCAAGGCCGUUUUGCGCCGCGCCCAAGACUCGUACGAGAAGUUCCUACGACAGCUGGAUCUGUACGACAUGCUCACCUCAUCCGAUCUGAAACUGCUCGAGCAAUACCGUGACUCCCCGACUACCUUCUCCACUGCCUCGACGUCAGAUCCCGCCGCCCGUCGCGAAACAAAGAUCCUCCGAUUCAAGCAAGAGAAGGACCUGAAGCAAAAGCUACAACAUCUGCAACAAAAUCCUGCUGCCCUGCAAAAUGACGACGACAUGUAUCGCAGCCUACAGUUGACACAAAUUGAAUUCUGUGUCCACCAGACUUAUCAAUCUCUGGAGUCAAUAGCCCAAGAGCUUCACAUCCUCUCACGCGCUCCUCCGCCACCACCACCUGGUCAAGAAUCGUUGCCUUUUGACGCUAGAGAGCGUUACAAGAACAACGACGGCUACUCGGAGAAGCUGGACGGCCCCAUGUCUGCUGGUCUCUCAGGCCCUAUGCUAAGCAAAGACGGCAAACCCUUGCGCCCAUUUACACUUCUCAACACCCGCCAGACAUUAAAAGACGGCGUCUUCCGUCCGGACCACAGUCUCCCCACCAUGACCAUCGACGAGUACUUGGACGAAGAGAAGCGCCGUGGUGGUAUGAUCGAAGGAGGCGGUGCACAGUCUGGUAUUAAGCCAGAGGUGGACGAGGAUGACUUGGACAAGGCCGACGAAGAAACCAUGAAGGCCAGAGCUUGGGACGAAUACGUCGAACACAAUCCCAAGGGCUCUGGUAACACUUUGAACAGAGGCUGA